CGUUAUCCCGCACCAAACGCUCGUUUUCUGGUCUUACCAUUUUCUCUCUUUCUUUCUCUUUCCUCAACUUUCACUUCUCAUUCCUCUCUUCUCUUAAUUUAAAAUCGUGCGCAAUUUCGCUCCAGAGAUAUUUUCGUGUCCAAGAGAAAUUCGAAGCAGAGUAUAUCUUGGGUGCUUGCUGAUGUUGAGAACAUUUGAGCAAAAUAGAAUAAGCUUUCUAAAUUGAUUUCGUCGUGUUCCUCUUAAAGAUAUCGCACAGUUGAAGUAACUCUGCCUCUUGGAAUGCAUAGCUCGGAGACAUAAACAGAAUUUGUGGAUUUUCUGCGUUUUGGAUAGCAACUUAAGAUUUCGUGUUUCUGAUUAUAGUAUCGUUGUUUGGUUGUUUAAUAGCGUAAUUAAGGAGAAGAGAUGGACACAAUGGAUGCCCACAUAACUUCAGCUGUCUCAAAAUUGCAAACGCUAAACACAUCUGAUCACGCCUCUGUUGUCUCUAUGAACUUAUUUGUGGCGCUUCUUUGCGCUUGUAUUGUGGUUGGUCAUCUUCUAGAGGAGAAUCGUUGGAUGAACGAGUCCAUUACAGCCCUUCUGAUUGGUAUAUGUACUGGGGUUGUUAUUUUGCUGGUUAGUGGCGGAAAAAGCUCGCAUCUUUUGGUCUUCAGCGAGGAUCUUUUCUUUAUAUAUCUUCUACCACCUAUCAUAUUUAAUGCUGGUUUUCAGGUGAAAAAGAAGCAAUUUUUCCGUAACUUCAUGACUAUCAUGCUAUUCGGUGCUAUUGGCACACUGAUAUCCUGUAGUAUCAUAUCUGCAGGUGCUAUAAAAUUCUUUCAGAAAAUGGAUAUUGGUCCACUGGAUAUAGGGGAUUACCUAGCAAUUGGUGCCAUAUUUGCUGCAACAGAUUCUGUUUGCACAUUGCAGGUUCUUAAUCAGGAUGAGACACCUUUACUCUAUAGUCUAGUAUUUGGGGAGGGCGUUGUAAAUGAUGCCACAUCAGUGGUACUUUUCAAUGCAAUCCAGAGCUUUGAUCUGACUAAUAUCAAUCCCAGAAUUGCAUGGCAGUUUAUUUGCAACUUUUUAUAUUUGUUUAUCACAAGCACUAUGCUGGGAGUUGUAACUGGUUUACUUAGUGCCUACAUCAUCAAAAAGCUAUAUUUUGGCAGGCACUCUACAGAUCGUGAGUUUGCUCUUAUGAUGCUCAUGGCAUACCUUUCAUAUAUGUUGGCUGAACUGUUCUAUUUGAGUGGGAUUCUCACAGUAUUUUUCUGUGGGAUUGUGAUGUCCCAUUACACAUGGCACAAUGUGACCGAGAGUUCUAGAGUCACUACCAAGCAUGCUUUUGCAACCAUGUCAUUUGUUGCUGAGAUUUUUAUCUUCCUUUAUGUUGGUAUGGAUGCCUUGGACAUUGAGAAGUGGAGAUUUGUCAGUGACAGCCCUGGAACAUCAGUUGCAGUUAGUUCAAUAUUACUUGGUCUUGUUAUGGUUGGAAGAGCAGCUUUUGUUUUCCCCUUAUCCUUUUUAUCCAACUUAUCCAAGAAAUCACAUGCUGAGAAGAUUUGCUUGAAGCAGCAAAUUGUGAUCUGGUGGGCUGGUCUGAUGAGAGGUGCAGUGUCAAUGGCUCUUGCGUACAACAAGUUUACAAGCUUGGGCCAUACCCAUUUGCACGGGAAUGCAAUAAUGAUUACCAGCACCAUAACUGUUGUUCUUUUCAGUACUAUGGUGUUUGGUAUGAUGACUAAACCCCUUAUAAGGUUUUUGCUACCACAUCCUAAACAAGAAAUGCGUGCAACGGUAUCAUCAGAUCCAACUACUCAAAAAUCCAUUUCGGUGCCACUUCUGGGAGACAAUCAGGACUCCUUAGACGAUCUUGGAGGCGGUUUGGUUCCACGUCCAAACAGCAUAAGGGCACUCCUCACUACACCAACACAUACCGUUCAUUACUACUGGCGUAAGUUUGACAAUGCAUUUAUGCGUCCUGUAUUUGGUGGGCGGGGUUUUGUUCCUUUCGUUCCUGGCUCACCGACAGAGCGGAGCUCCGACAAUCAAUGGAAAUGAAAAGAGAAGCAAGAUGUACAUAUAUGUAAAGUUGUUAGCAUCUGAAGACUAUCAAGGAUUAUACAUUUGAAAUUAUUGCUGAAUAUUUUGCUAGAUUUAAGUGUGAGAGUUUUGCUUUGUAUUAUACAGUAGUUUUCACCUCAUUUUUCUUUGGGGUUAACUGUAUAAUUCAAUUUUAUGUUUGUAAUUUUGUGUGUAAGAUAUGAAGGUUUACCUUGCGUUCUGUUGUAUAAUAGAUUAUUUGCCGGCU